CAGCCCCCGGGAAAGAGGGGAGGGGGGAUGCCACCCCCUAGUGCACCCCCUGCCCCCUCUCGGCGGGCUUCUCUCUCCCCACUAAGUAAACAACCCUCCGGAAGGCCCCUCCCGCUCCAAGCCCGGCUCGCCCCAAACAAAACAGCCUGUCGGGACCCUGCCUGAGCUCCCCGGCGCCCCCGCCCAGUUAGCCCAGUCCAGUCUGUCUGCUCGGCCUGGCGCCGCCGCCUUUCAAAUAGACGGAGUUGGCCUCUGAUGCCUCCUCUUCGUGCACCCCGAGGUGGGGGGCAAGAUCAUUCCAAGGGUGCACAGCGAACGAUGGCCUUGCUCGCCCUGGCAGGCAGCGGGGGCCCCCCUUCUUCCCUUGCUCUCGACUCGCUGGCCUCUCUGGAGACACUGCCCUCGGGAGUGGGGGGGAAGCACAGCCCGCGAUCCAAGGCGAGGGACGGUGUGCCACUCAUGGCCAGGACGGAGCACAGACCAGGUGUUCCUGCAGCACUAGCGACAGAUGGAACAGGGCCCCUGUGACACUUGAUGCCACCCUAUUCAGUGACGCCAUGGCUCACUUUGAUACAGAAUAUCAGAGGCUGGAGACCUCAUACAAUGACUCACCCCCUGGAGAAGAGGACCUGUUGGUGCAUGUUCCUGAGGGAAGCAAGUCUCCUUGGCAUCACAUUGAGAAUUUGGAUCUCUUUUUCUCUCGUGUCUAUAACCUGCACCAGAAGAAUGGCUUCACCUGCAUGCUCAUCAGUGAGAUCUUUGAAUUAAUGCAGUUCAUCUUUGUUGUGGCCUUCACUACAUUUCUCGUCAGCUGUGUUGACUAUGACAUCCUCUUUGCCAACAAGCUGGUGAAUCACAGCCAGCACUCCAGUGAUCCAGUCAAGGUGACCCUGCCAGAUGCCUUCCUACCUCCCAAUGAGUGCAGUGCCAGGAUCCAAGCUAAUGGCUUUCUCCUCUCCAUUCUGGUGAUUGCGGGGGUUUUCUGGAUUCAUCGGCUGAUUAAGUUCAUCUACAAUAUAUGCUGCUAUUGGGAAAUCCACUCUUUUUACAUCAAUGCUCUCAAGAUUCCAAUGUCCAAUUUGCCCUAUUACACGUGGCAGGAGGUUCAGGCACGGAUCGUGCAAAUCCAGAAGGAACAUCAGAUCUGCAUCCAUAAGAAAGAACUGACAGAGCUGGACAUCUACCACCGCAUCCUCCGAUUCAAGAACUACAUGGUGGCCAUGGUGAACAAGUCACUACUACCUGUGCGCUUCCACCUCCCCCUGCUGGCCGAUACAGUUUUCUACACGCGUGGGCUCAAGUACAACUUCGAGCUCAUCUUCUUUUGGGGUCCUGGCUCACUCUUUGAGAAUGAGUGGAGCCUCAAGGCUGAGUACAAGCGGUGUAUUAACCGCCUGGAACUGGCCGAUAAACUGGGCACCCGCAUCCUAUGGAUUGGCAUUGCUAACUUCCUGCUGUGUCCACUUAUCCUCAUCUGGCAGAUCCUCUAUGCUUUCUUCAGCUACACUGAGAUUCUAAAGCGAGAACCAGGAAGCCUGGGUGCCCGCUGCUGGUCUCUCUAUGGCCGUUGCUAUCUGCGGCACUUCAACGAGCUGGACCAUGAAUUGCACUCGCGCCUCAGCAAGGGCUACAAGCCAGCCUCCAAGUACAUGAACUGCUUCAUUUCUCCCCUGCUCACUAUUGUGGCAAAGAAUGUGGCCUUCUUUGCUGGAUCCAUCCUUGCUGUCCUCAUCGCGCUCACAAUUUAUGAUGAAGAUGUGCUUGCUGUAGAACACGUCCUCACUACUGUCACAAUUCUGGGUGUGGCUGUCACUGUCUGCAGAUCCUUCAUCCCAGACCAGCACUUGGUGUUCUGCCCAGAGCAGCUACUUCGGGUGAUUCUGGCGCACAUCCACUACAUGCCUGACCACUGGCAGGGCAAUGCCCACCGUUACGAGACCCGAGAUGAGUUUGCCCAGCUCUUCCAAUACAAGGCGGUAUUCAUUUUGGAAGAGCUGCUCAGCCCCAUUGUGACUCCCUUGAUCCUCAUUUUCUGUCUGAGGCCCAAAGCUCUGGAGAUAAUUGAUUUCUUCCGCAACUUCACUGUGGAGGUAGUGGGUGUGGGAGACACCUGCUCCUUUGCCCAGAUGGAUGUGCGCCAGCAUGGGCACCCUGCGUGGAUGUCAGCUGGGAAGACGGAGGCUUCCAUUUACCAACAGGCCGAGGAUGGCAAGACUGAACUGUCACUCAUGCAUUUUGCCAUUACCAACCCACACUGGCAACCACCCCGCGAGAGCACAGCUUUCAUUGGCUUGCUUAAAGAACGGGUGCACCGCGACAGCAGCCUGGCUCUGGCCCAGCAGGGUGUCCUCCCUGACAAUGCACUCUUUGCCUCCAUCCAGUCCCUACAGUCGGAAUCAGAGCCACACAGUCUGAUUGCCAAUGCGAUUGCAGGCACCUCAGCACUGGGCUACCAGGCAGCCCGUGAUGUCCAGGCCUCACGGCAUCUCUCUGCUGCGUCUGAGGUGGCAUCUGCCCUGCGUUCUCUCCCCUCUGUUCAGUCUGCUCAGACAACCCAUGGGAGUUCCCAUGCUGAUGGGCUCCACCUCCGGGGCCCUGGUGUAAUGACAGGCUCAGGGGCUGAUGCCAGGACAGCUAGCUCUGGCAGCAGUGCUUGGGAGGGCCAGCUCCAAAGCCUGAUCCUUUCAGAGUACGCAUCUACUGAGAUGAGUCUGCAUGCACUCUACAUGCACGAGUUGCACAAGCAGCAUGCCCAGUUGGAGCUUGAGCGGCAUUUGUGGCACCGGCAGGAGAGUGAUGAAAGUGGUGAGAGUGCCCCGGAGGAGCCAGAGGCUCAGCGGGGCACUCCUAGCAGCACCAUUCCUCGCUCAGCCAGUUAUCCUUUUGCCUCUCCUCGUCAAGCUGGAGAUGAGACAGCUGCUCUGCAAGCAGGCCUCCAGCGCCGUUAUGGUGGUGUCUCAGGUAUAGCUGUGAAGGCUGAAGGGUUUCGGAUUCUGGGCCCACCUUGGCUGGUGGGACUUCGGUCACCCUGUCCUACAAAGCAUGGGUUGGCUCAAGAGUCCAUGUCCUGGACUUCAAUACCAGAUGGUAGAAGGAGUAAGGUCAGCAGUGCCUUUGUGAUGGGCGGAACUCUAACCAGACAUGCAUCAUGCCAGUGGCACGCUAGUUGUGCUUAGGCUGGAUGUGUGUGUGAUUACAUAUAUAUGUCCAUGUCUGCAUAUGUGUCGUCCAUGUUGGAGAAUCAUCUGUGACCUGCACAGAAUGCCACGGAGCACACAAGGUAGCAGGAAGCUGGGCAGGUGCUUGCCCUGCCUGAAAUGUUAUGAGGUGGGAAGAGGACCUGCUGUACAGACCCUGUUCAGAAGCAGGAACAGCUGUACCACUGUCCAGACUGCAACACAAUUAAAGAUGCAAUCAGGAGAUAGAUUUGGACUCAGGAAAAGAAGGGCUGUGAGAGAUUAUUUUUGUAAUAGGAAUGGGGCACAGGCUUCCUCCAGUGGCAGAGUCUGACUCUGAUGAAGCUUUUCUGAAAAAAGGGUGUGUAUCCUCCCCUCUGCUUUACCGUUCACUCACGAACAUUGAAUCCAAGCCAGAAGGAGCACCCUGCAGAGUCACCGCUGCCGCCGCCGCCACCACCACCACCACCCACGAUAGGAGUUGCCUUCCCGACAGCACAACUGGUUCUGCUCUGGGGCCACAUCUACUUCACAGGGUAGUGGGUCCUAUUACAGCAUCAAAGCACAGGCUUAGAAGGGUAACACUCCACUUCCAUACCAGAGUUUACUUGAGUCAGUACUGAAGUGAAUGAAGUAAUCUUCACAUCAAACAGUGCUGAACUAAAGAGCCUCAUUCUCCAGAGAGGUGGCUGUGUUCUGAGGAAGCCCCUUGCUUUCACCUCGUUAACCCUGUUAGGGCUUAUAAUCAAGUAUGAGGUUCUGAUUAUGUACUAUACUUGGGAGUAUUGGGUGGGUGAGUAGAGGGAGGCAGUGCUUGUCUGCAUCAUCAUGCAAUUUUAAUAUCCCCCUGGUCCCUAUCACCUCAUUGAGUGCUUCUCCCAGCUGGUGCUGUCCCUCUUGUGUUGGGUGCCUUGAUGAUAACCAUUCAGCUCUCAUGAAAGUGCCAGUAAGAGAUGGGGCACUGCAUGCCAAACAAUCCUCCCACCAUCUAUAAAUUGGGCUGGACUUCCAAGUUCUUAUUCGGGGGUGGGGGUGGGGGCGCUGGAUCUUGCUCUGCUUGACAAGACACUUUUGUGCUGUUUACGGAAGUUCAGCUGGUUCUUCCGUUCUAUCUUUGCACCUACUCCACUGCCCUUUUCACCUUUUUAUGAGCUAUCUGGUCCUGGCCCAGCAGCAAGAGACCUCAUGGUAUGCCUAGCAAGUUUUACAAAUAAUCCUUUCUGGACAACCAGUAAGAGCACUGCAUCCCAGGAGGGUGUGGUAGAGUUUAGCCAAUUAAUGCAUGGAUAAACACUAGCUCUCUUUUGUAGCUACAAGUCCCAACAGGCAUGGUCAACCCUGUAAUUUAACUCCUUCCCUCUUCUCUGGGUCUGACUCCAAACUUGUAACACUUCUUAACAAUGGCUGCUGCAACCUCCUGCAGCCAUUUGCCAAACCCACUCUGGGAAAAGAGGUUAUUCAUAUAAACCCUGUGCCACCAAGGGUGGGCACAAGUUAGCUGCAUGGAGAUCCCCAGAACUAUGGGCUAACUUUAGAGCGGCAUUGAGGGAUUUGGAUGCAAGGACCACUGAGAACAUGAGAAAGAAAGAGAAGUUAUUUGUUUAGCAAACAUGGGAUUGAUUUCAUCUGCUAGUUCGCUACUUCCCAAAAGAUUACUCCUGUAAUGAGCGCUGUUCUUUCUCCCCCUGACAUCCCCAUAAUAGCUUUACAAGGGGGAGACUCUUGGUGCUCCAGGGUUGGGUGCUGAGGGAGGAAGCAAGCAGCCCCAACCAUCACUGCUGCUCUAGGCUACUUGAAAGCUCUUCUGUAAAGAGUUUAGAAGUAGGGGUGAUGUUGGGACACAGCCUUGUUCUCACUUUCUUAGAUGCUGGUGCAUUUUAGGGAAAGCCGAACUGAUGGCACAUCUCCCCAGACUUUAGAAAGGAGGUAGCACAGCAUCGGUUGAAACCUGGAUAUGUGCUGGCCAUGUUCUACAGGUAUUGGCCCCAGAACAGGUGGCCCUGCUUGAUCCUCAUGGAAAUAUUUGCAGCCUUGGUCUAGUAAUGAAGAAGGGACAUGGGCAGGGGGGAAGUGCCAGCAGCCAUGAAUUGUGCUUGUCUUUGUUUCAUCUCUGUGUGCAUGGCACAGCCACCUGCUGUUUUAUUUGUGGCACUAGAAAGGCCAAACUGUGAGUAUAUGGGGCAUUGUGAGUGGUUUGUAAAGCAGAGCUUGUGUCUGGCAUCCUGUAUAGUGCUGUAUCUUACUGAAUAAAGAGGGGUGUUCCACUUA